AUUGAUAGAAAAAUAAAAUCAUAGAAGGAAAGUGAAGAGCCUACAGAACUGGUUGGGUCUUACUGUUGAUAGGUGAAGGACAGUGGCAGCCCUGUUUUAAUAUUCUCCGUGUCACUCUCGUCAUUUUGUUUUUUCUUUGCGCUUUGUUCCUUUUGUCUCCUUUCCCUUUGUUUUAUUUUCAUAGGGAUGUCCCAGAUGCAGCUGGCCCACCAUGGCCCCCAUGGCCUAGGACACCCCCAUGCUGGGCCUCCAGGCUCUGGAGGACAACCACCACCCCGGCCACCUCCUGGAAUGCCGCAUCCUGGACCUCCUCCCAUGGGCAUGCCCCCCCGAGGGCCUCCUUUUGGAUCUCCCAUGGGUCAUCCAGGCCCCAUGCCUCCGCAUGGUAUGCGCGGGCCUCCUCCAUUGAUGCCCCCUCACGGAUACACUGGUCCUCCAAGGCCCCCUCCCUACGGCUACCAACGGGGGCCCCUCCCUCCACCCAGACCCACUCCACGGCCCCCAGUUCCCCCUCGUGGUCCACUUCGGGGCCCACUUCCUCAGUAAAUUGCCGUCCUUUGUCUCCCUCUUACACCCUCCCAGUACCGCCAUUUCUUGGACCAAUCAGAGUUGCUGCAGCUUGUCAGGGCUAGUGCACUGCCCCUCAGCAACUCUGUCCCUGUUUCAGUGUCAUUUUUCCACAGGGGGGUUUUUCUUCAUUUCUGUUUCAAAAUGUUGGUCCAAAUUGUUUUACAGAUGUAUAGAGAAAAUAAAAGUAUACUUCUUA